GAUGGACGCGGCGUCGCGCUGCGCGCGUGCCGCGAUGAUCUCGGCCUGGGCCUCCUGGUUCGCCUCUGCGCGGGCGGCCAUGGCGCACAGCAUCCGCAGCGUUCCCAGGACGUGCCGGGGGCCGCCGACGUGGCGGCGGCGGCGGCCGCCGCGACGCCACCCGACGCCGGGGGCCGCGCGCCGGCCGCGGCCACCGCAGAGGGCCCCGCCCGUGCGCUGGCGGACCAGCUUGUGGACGACGUCGGGGAGGCCGACGAGGAGGCCCUGGGGCUGCUCGACGCAGCCCAGGGGCUCGGGCUGGGCGGCUGA